CCCAGUGGAACAGCCCGCACAUGUGUGGUUUAAGGCCCCGUCUGUUACCAUAGCAACGGAAGGCCCUCCCCGCCUCUUCCGGCUUCGCAUGGCGCCGUCUUUUCCGGUGCGGGGAGUAAUAUGGGGACAAUACACCUGUUCCGCAAAUCACAGAGAUCGUUGGUUGGAAAGUUAACACAUGAAUUUAGGUUGGUUGCAGCAGAUAGAAGGUCCUGGAAGAUCCUGCUGUUUGGUGCUAUAAAUUUAAUAUGUAUUGGCUUCCUGCUGAUGUGGUGCAGCUCUACAAACAGCAUAGCUUUAACUGCUUACACUUAUUUGACAAUCUUUGAUCUUUUCAGUUUGGUAACGUGUCUAAUAAGCUACUGGGUGAUGAUGAAGAAACCCAGUCCAGUCUAUUCAUUUGGGUUUGAGAGAUUUGAAGUUCUAGCUGUUUUUGCUUCUACGGUUCUGGCACAGCUUGGUGCUCUUUUUAUACUAAAAGAAAGUGCAGAGCGGUUUCUGGAACAACCUGAAAUACACACAGGGCGGCUGCUGGUUGGUACUUUUGUGGCUCUCUUUUUCAACUUAUUCACAAUGCUUUCUAUUAGGAAUAAGCCUUUUGCUUAUGUCUCUGAAGCUGCCAGCACAAGUUGGCUUCAGGAGCAUGUUGCAGAUCUUAGUAGAAGUAUUUGUGGAAUUAUCCCAGGAUUGAGUAGCAUCUUUCUGCCACGAAUGAACCCUUUUGUCUUGAUUGAUAUUGCUGGAGCUCUAGCCCUUUGCAUUACGUAUAUGCUAAUUGAAAUUAACAAUUACUUUGCUGUAGACACAGCCUCUGCUAUAGCAAUUGCUUUGAUGACAUUUGGUACCAUGUAUCCCAUGAGUGUCUACAGUGGUAAAGUACUACUUCAGACAACCCCACCUCAUGUGAUUGGCCAGUUAGAUAAACUUCUUAGAGAGGUUUCAACUUUGGAUGGUGUCUUAGAAGUUCGAAAUGAGCAUUUCUGGACAUUAGGUUUUGGUGCUUUGGCUGGAUCAGUACAUGUCCGAAUUCGGAGAGAUGCAAAUGAACAGAUGGUACUUGCCCAUGUCACUAAUAGAUUAUACACGUUGGUCUCUACCUUGACUGUUCAGAUUUUCAAAGAUGAUUGGAUCAGACCUACCUUAUCAUCUGUGCCUAUUGCAAACAAUAUGCUGAACCUUUCGGAUCAUCAUAUUAUUCCAAUGCCAUCUUUGAAAGCUGCCGAUAAUUUGAAUCCUGUCACAUCUACUCCAGCCAAGCCUAGCAGUCCACCACCAGAAUUUUCUUUUAAUACACCUGGAAAAAAUGUGAACCCAGUUAUCCUUUUAAACACUCAGACAAGGCCCUACGGAUUGGGCUUUAAUCAUGGAUCUGCACCUUACAGCAGUGUAUUCAAUCAAGGAUUUGGAAUACCAGGAAUGGGAGCAACUCAAGGAUUCAGAACUGGUUUUACAAAUGUCCCAGGCAGAUACGGAACAAACACUUAUGGUCAACCCCGACCAUAAUAAACACCGUUAUUUAUUGUACUGAGGGUAUUGACUUAAUUCUUUUAUUACCCAAUUUUUAUAAACAUUUGGAAUGUCAGGGCAUUCUAAAUGGCUGGGAACAAGUGCAUUGUUCAUAUUCAUGAAAUGGUUAAAUUGCUUUUUUUUUUUCUUUUUUUUUUUUUUUCCUUUGCAUCAGCAGUAGCCUGUGUAAUUGCACACAGAUUUUCAAGGUUUAUGAUACUUUACAGGUAGUUUUUAUAGUGUGUCUGUUCCAGUUCAGCUCCCUGCCCCCCAAGAAUGUAUUGAAAUACAGCACAACUGCAUAAGAGUAAACUGGUAACUUGGGGGGGGGCUGGGGAGAGAAUUGCUUACUGAAUGAUGAUUAGUUAAGAGAAUAGGGAGUUGCAGAAGUACACAUCCCAGUUCUUAAAAAUAUUUUGAUUGUUGUAUAAAUUCAUAUUUUGGCAAAGUUGCAAUGAGUUUUUCCUGGAUUGCAAAAAUCCAUCAAUAUUUGUAUUAUUGCCAUUGUGAAAACAAACUGGCAUUUCAGAUUCUAAUUAAUUUUAAGAGAGCAUGUUUUUACAUUUUUUGUUGAUGCUUUUAUAGGAGCUCAGAGAGUUCAGCAACUAUUUUCUAGUUGUAACUGUUCCAUAUUAGUCUCUGACUUUUUUUUUAGGUUUAAUUGCAAAAUUACUUAGCAAUAUACUGGGAAAUAAAAUAUUUCAAAUGUAAGAUUUUACAAGCACCUCUUGCUUAUGAUUAACCCUAUUGAAGAUACAAAACAGAUGUCUGUAUUGUUUGUGAAGCCAGAAUUUAAUUUUUGACUAUCGAAAGUAUUCUUUGAUUUGAUUGUGGCUUUGUAUUUUUCCUGUUUGUAUUUUUCCUGUAUUUUCAGGAAAAAAGACCCUGCUUAUAUGCCCAAUUUAUAUCCAGAAUACAAGUUGGUGAUUGCUGAAAUUGUUAGCAUCAGCACUAGAGUGGUUAACUUUGGGGCACACUGGGAACAAGACUGCCUAACUUGUCUCUGCCAUUGCAUUAUUAUUCUAUUGUACAUCUACAAGGCUUUAUUUCUUCUUCUUUUCUGAGAGAGCUGUUCCCUCUGACUGCUUUCUUUUUCUUCAUUGCUCUGAUGAAAAGGCCAUUUAGAAAUACUUUAAUUUUUUCUCUCCUCCCCUGCAGUAUGAAUCUUUUAAUUCCCUAAACAAUACUUCCACUGCGUGUUCUUCUGCAUCUUGGCUGUUUGGGAAUGGGUUGCCCAUUCUUACUGUUUCACUUGCAACUCAGGGUGCUAUAUAUAGAAUUCCACUUGUUAAUUUGUAUACAAAGUAAGUUUCUCCAUCUGUCCAAAGUACUUAGGGAGCUGCAGUAUCUCAGGGACUCCGCAGAUACUAAUAUAUUACGUGAAGUUAAUGGAUUCGAUAGAGAGAAAAAUCUUUUUCUCUUGUAGAACUGAGUUGGAAAAAACCCCCAGCCUUCGUGUGAAUUUUCAAGAUCUCUGAUCUCUUCACACUGGCUGUGGAGCACUUCAUUUCUCAUGAGGAUGUUGCUUUUCUGUUUAUUUCUCCACUACCUGUGUUACUCACUCUGACAUAUGGAAGAGGGCUUCACUCUUGCAGACAAAGCAAGGUGGCAUGCUGCAUGACAGUGUCUCGCUGAGAUCUUGUAGGCUGAGGGCAGUGUGCUGAGAACCACUGAUACACAGUAUACAUAAGUUGCAAGGAAGGAGUCUAGUUCUGUACUUCAUUUGCAGCAAAAAUAAUAGUGAGAGUGCUGUGUUAGAAAAUGUAACAACCUGGGAAACUUGCAUUAAAAAUGAUAGUGAACUUGCAAGUACUGGUGACAUUCAUCUGAAAGCAGCAUUAGCUCAGUCACCACCUUUCAUUAUUCUGUGUGUAGUCAGUCUCCUACUAGAUGUGCCCUUGCUGCAUGGAAAUUCACUGAAGCACAGAACACUUGAACAGAUUAUCUCUAUGUCUCGGGUGCUGAGCUAGACUGCACUCUCUACAGUAUCUUCAACACCUUGGAGUCGGCAGAAUGUUUACCCUAUACUACUCUUAUGUGGCCUGAGAACUGUUCCUUUCUCCAGUUUCAUAACCAAACAUUUCCUUUCUUGUGAUGUUUUAAAUAUAUUGUAUGAUACUGAUCACAUGCCUACUUGUUUUUAGUAGAAAAUUAAAGCUUCAUUUUAUUAAAAAAUGAGGCUGAUCUUUGAUUUAAAAAGGGAGAAGGGAGAACAGAAUCCCAGAAUUCUGAGUGCAAUAUAAUCACAAAAUAUUUUUUUGGAGUGAUUGUUUACAAUAUAUAUAUAAUCUGCAGAUGACAGAGAUUGGAACAGCUUUUUAGCUGCUUUAUUGUUAUGAAUAUAUUCAGACUAUUUGUUGAAUCAGCAUAGAGUAAAAUGUCUCCUUUUAUAUGAGGCAAAUAAAAUUAGUAUGAUCCUUAAAAUGACAAGGAAAAAAGUUGUCAUUUAUGUGCAGGAUUUUAUAGUUAUCUUUCUAUAUGUUGAUGUUUAAAUCAUUCUCUCAGGUGAUACUUCAAUCUCCAUAAGCAGAUGUGCGAAACUUUAGAACUAAAUGUUUUGCUGGGUCUGCUACCAGUCUAGACUGGGUUCUUGUGAUAAUUCUACCAAAAGGGUAUUUACUGCAUUUUUGUCUUUUCUAAUUGUGUUUUACUUUUAGUGUUAGGUGGUCACAAUCAGAAUAUUUGUUUGAAAUGUGGUGAAUAGGAACUGCUGAUUUAAACUGUCUUUAUUCAUGGUGAUCCAAAAGCUGUCCCAGCUAGAGGAAGAAGAGGGCUUGUCCUCACUGUCUUUUCUGUCUGCCAGAGGGUUCAGCGUUGUCAGUUCCUUAACCUAUUCAAACUGUUUUCAUAGGAAAGUGUCUGCUUGAGAUGCAGGUAAAUGCAUCAAGUUUUAGAGAGUCUGAUGGAUGUGUACCAUUAACAAGGUUUCUUGUGACAAAGUGAUAAUGUUGUUCAGUGUCUAGCAAACAGAGUUGUCCUGAGUGGGAGCUAGAGCUCUUACUGCAAAACAAAUAAUGAUGUGGUAUGUUUUUGUGGCAGCUUUAUCUAUUGAGUAAUGGCUCUUGAGUUCAUUUUGUUCUGCAUUCCCUUCCCCCAGAUAAUAACCACUUACACCUUUAGGAGGACUCUGACAUGCCAGUGACAGGGCUCCCAGGAACGGGAGAUAGAUUUGUAAUUGACUGAGAUGUGACAAAUCCUAUUCAAGGGGAAGACUUGUACAGCAGUCAUCCUGAUUUGUGUUAACUGCCGGAUUCCAUGAAAUCCUUUUUUUCGAUUUGUGUCCCCUGGUGCCACUAUCCAACUGGGAAGGAGAAACUGUCCAGGGACAGGAUCUUCAGUAUAAAGAUCACCUGUCUGAAAUCUUAAGUGACUAUCUGUACUCCGCGUAUCCAGAUCCCACAGAUUUAUAUUAGUAUUAUGUAUUAGUGGUAUCCAGUGUUGAAACUGCCAGUGUAAGCGAUUCCAGUCCAGGUCUUUUCACUUGUCAUCUUUGGGUAUUUAUCAAAUGACUAGACUUUCUCCUACCUGCUUUUUCUCCUUUGCAGUGAGGACCCAUCCUGCACCGUGGUCUUCACUUAGUGGCUAUUUUAGGUUUCCUCUGCUUGUUGUGGCUUAGAUUCUCAUUCCACAGGGUACAUUUUCUUUCCAGCAGUUAUUUUUUAAAUGAAAGACAGGUCAUUUCAAUUGCUAAGAUAAUGACCCUCCACUUUUUGAAAAAAUUACAGCCAUGUGCCUCUUCAAGUAAACUCUUCCCAGGACUCAAGUGCAGCUAAGAGAGGGCAUCUUUUUAUGUACUUAAAGGAUACCCCUUCAUGUUUUGAGAACCACUGAGUAUUAUUAUAGCAAUCUAUAUCUCACUCCAUUGAACUGAAUAGACACAACUCAGGAGAGCUGCAUGCUCAGACAGUGAAGAGUCUGUGGCAAAAUUGGUAUGUCAGACACUUGUUUUAAACCACGUGGUUAAAUUAUGAUUUCAGCUAACUUUCACAGAGGUUUAAAAAAAAAAGAAAGAAAGAAAGAAAGAAAGGAGGCAUUCCACAAUUAUAAUAACCCUCUGAUUCCCCCAUUUCAUAAUGAAGCCUGUUUUAAGUAAUUUUAAAAUUCUUGCAGAACCAGAGUAUCUAACAAAUUCCACUGCAGUGCACUGUGCAAAUACCUAAUGCAUUUUUUCAGAGUAUCUAACAAAUUACGAAGCACCACAAAAGAGCUCACCUAUAAAAACAUAAUUAGACACAAACUUGUUUAACAUUUCUGUAUAUAGCCAUUUUUUAGUCUUUUUUCUUCUUUAUCUUUGUACCUUUCUUAUCUUUUUUUGUUAUCUUUUUCUCCUCAUAGUGGGGCUCAGUAGAGAUAGGUGCCUUAUAUUGGUCAGAGUAAUCAGACUUCAGAAGAUGAUAAUUUAAAAUGUUAUUCUCACAGGCAGCAAUAGAGGAAAAUAUGAUAGCAAAUACUUCAAAUAGCUUUGAUUUAAUUACAUAAAUGUACAGCAAUAUUUAUCUGAAAAUAAACAUGUCUGUCCAAUUUUUA